AUGACGCAAGCAAGGUCACCCGAUAUUCGGCCAUGCUGUGAUCUUGUGCGUGAACUAGAAGGUCAUUUCUCCACGAUCCUCGAAGUGAAUACGACCCUUCUGUCCCUCGAGUCCCCUCAACAAUCUGUCCAGCCAUAUGUGAAGUUCGGCAAGGACAUGCAGCGACCUGUACGCUUUCGGACGAGUUCAGAUGAAAAGGAGUUCAAGACCCGGUGGAAAAGCUGGGAGUUUGUUAGCCAAUCGGAGGCCUUCAGACUUCAACCCACAGAUGGCAGAUACAUGGGUUGCAAAUCCUGGGCUACCGGGUUGCCUGUUGGGCUCGUUAUGCCAUUGUACAAUCCGUCAGACAGUCGCUCGAUUGAGUUCACAACUGCCGACUCGACGGUUUUUAAGACCAAACGAAAGCACUGGAGAACUGGAUGCAAUGGCACUUUCUUCGUCGUCCUGCAUGAAGCUCAAUUUUACAUGGCCUUUUCCCUACCAGAAGGCGAGAGCGAAGGCGGGUUGGAUAAUAGGGACAUCCCAUCCCCCGUAGGUAGUCGAAGACACUGCUUCGCCGUCCAAAAUCUGGAUGAGUACCGUCUAAGCCUGGAUGAGCUACGAGCGGGGCAGAACGAGUCAAUCAACGAGCUUCCAGAAGAUGUCAAGAGUCUAUACUUGCCUUUGAUCCUCGGACUGCUCGAAAUGCAUCCUGGUAAAAGGCUUGCGGUUCAAGAGAUCGGCCAGGGGCCCUAUUCAGAGGUCAUGAACGUUGAUUAA